GUGAAGAAGAGCACCAAGAAAGUCAGAGUGACAGUCAAGCCUCAUCUGCUCUUCAGGCCCAUGGAGCAACACCAGGGUGUGGUGCCGGACCCUGACUCAGAGUACCGCCUGUUUGACCGGAUCAUCAACACCAGGGAGGGCUUCUCCGUCCCCCUGGGAUGCAGAGGGACCAUCAUCGGCAUUCAAGGAGCGGAGCGUGAGGCCGAGGUUCUCUACGAGGUGCUUUUUGACGAUGAGUUUGCUGGAGGUCUCAACAUCAGGACUAAGUCUCCCCGUGGUUACCGCCUCCCCCCCUGCGCCCUCAUCAACCUCACCCACGGACUGAGGGUGGAUCAAAGCUGCCACAAGCUCACCGCCAUCGUCAAACCUCAGCCCGCCGCCAACUUCAACUCCCAACGCCAGGGGUCCAGCCUCAACCACUCCCCCCGAUCCCCCUUCACCCCCACACAGGAGUACAACAAUGUGUGGCAGUCUCUGCAGAACUCUGCUGGCCCUCCUCUCCAACCUCCUGCUCACUGGCACAAUGAAGGACUUAACCAACAGGGGAAGAACCAGCACGCUAACAAAGCUGCCCCAGUUGGUUGCAUCAGACUGUUGAAGAAAAAUGAAGACGUCAACUCCCUUUUCCCCCCCCAGAACACAGCCAAUAAGUCUACCACUGAGUUCGAGGACCUGAUAGCCAGCCUGCAGAUCUCCAAGGGCAACCAGCAAACUCCACCGCCGCCUGCUCCCCAACAAGUAACCACCUGCCAAUCAGAUGGCCCGCUGUCCCCUCAGUCCUUUGCAAUGAAGGGAACCCUGAUGCUGAAGGAGAUGCUGAAGAUUGACGGCGCUGGAACAGGAAGUCCCCCCCCUCAGGAGGCCGCCGGGGGCCAGCAGCAGAACAGGAGACGGUCCAACAAGAAACUGGCAGCCAAUAUGACCUCCCCCCACGGUGACGGCCCUGUUUUACCCCCUCCAAAUCUCUCCAACGCCGUUCUGAACAGUAAGGUGUCGGAGCUGGCGUGCAUUUGUGUGGGGUUAGGGAUGGCCCCGCCCGAUUUCAGCUUCAUAAGCAACAGACAGACUGUAGUGUGUCAGGUGAAGCUGUCCAAUGGGCUCAUGGUUCACGGUCCCCAGUGCCAAUCAGAAAAUGAUGCCAAGGAAAAAGCUGCCUUCUUUGCCCUCCAGAGACUGAACUCUUUGGGGUCGGGCUUCCCCCUCCCACCUGCUCUCUUCCCAGGAGUGGGUCAGAUACGACCCCCACCCUUAGGCAUGAACCCCGUCUUCAGCCAACAAGGCGGUAUGCUGCUGCCUCCCCAGGGCUUCGGCCCCGGCCCCCUCUGGGGGAUGCCGCUGCCCCCCCACCACCACCCGAACCAGCAGUUCUUCGGAGCACCAGGACCCUUCCCUGGGGCCCCCCGCCCCCAGAACCCUGCAUCAAUGCCCAUCGGCUCACACAACCAGUUUGUCCCGCUGCAGGUGACCAAGAAGCGAGUCUCCGCCAACAAGAAGAACCAGGACACUCGGGAGUUUUACAGCGCCGCCCACACUGUGACCAGGAACCAAUCACAGAAACCCCAGAACCAGCCCUUCGGCGAUCAGCUCGCUCAGUUCGAACCCCAGGGCGUUAACGUCGGCCAAGUAGCAGACCUCGUCUCCACGACAACAGCAGUCCCACACACCCCUCCUCGACAAAACAUCCCGGCGACAGGCCACACCCCCAGCUCCUCCUCCAAGAAGAAGCACAGGAAACUGGCAGUCAACUUUGAGGCGGCGAAAGUGUCCGAGUGAUGAGCUGGUGUGUGUGAGUGGGUGUGUAAGUGUGUGAGGAGAGAGAAGUGUGCCUGGUGUUUUUAAGCUGCUGUUUUAAAGCCUGACUCGCCAUCUCUGAUCAAAACCUCAUCAAUGUGAAAGAUUUUUCCCACUUGCUAUGUCUAUGAACAUACUUAUAAUGUUUCAGUAUGGGGAUUGAAUCUGUUUAUAGCACUAUAUCAUAGUAACAAGCACUUAUGAAUAUCCAUAAUACAAAAAAAACACUAUGAUCCUUCGAAUGAGCAGUUAUGACCUUUAAGUCAUUAUAAAAUCAUUUAUAAUGUGUUUUGAUUAUCAUUAGAAAAAUUAUGGAUAUUUAUAAUUCCUUAUAACUCUACAGUGCUAUAUAAUGCUAUAAUGACAAGUAUGGUUAUAUAACAUUAUAGACCUGGUGUAAAAGAAAGUGUUACUUUAUAGUCGUAUGUAGUUCACAAACAACAUUAUUCCCACUUCAAUCUAACAUAACCUCCC